GUCAUAAGAACAUCAAUAGAUCAUAACAGUGAAAGUAAUGUUGGAGACGGCUUGAGAUGUAUUAUUACAGAUCAACAUCUUCAACCACUUCUUACAGGAUGGUAUAUAACUGAAGAUUUAUACCCUGAAAAUGUAACUGAAGAAG